AUGGACUUACACCGGGCAGCAUUCAAGAUGGAGAAUUCACCCUACCUCCCCAACCCGCUGGCCUCCCCAGCACUGAUGGUUCUCGCCUCCACUGCUGAAGCCAGCCGUGAUGCUUCCAUUCCCUGCCAGCAGCCAAGGCCUUUUGGGGUCCCUGUAUCAGCAGACAAGGACGUGCAUAUCCCCUUUACCAAUGGCUCAUAUACUUUUGCCUCCAUGUAUCACCGUCAAGGUGGGGUGCCGGGAGCGUUUGCAAACCGUGACUUUCCUCCGUCCUUGCUUCACCUCCACCCCCAGUUUGCACCCCCCAACCUGGACUGCACCCCAAUCAGUAUGUUGAACCACAGUGGCGUUGGGGCUUUCCGCCCCUUUGCAUCUACUGAAGACCGGGAGAGCUACCAGUCAGCCUUUACGCCGGCCAAGCGCCUGAAAAACUGCCAUGACACUGACUCGCCCCAUCUGCGCUUCUCGGAUGCUGAUGGGAAGGAGUAUGAGUUUGGCACGCAGCUCCCCUCCAGCUCCCCCGGCUCCCUCAAAGUUGAUGAUACAGGAAAGAAGAUCUUUGCUGUUUCUGGCCUCAUUUCUGACCGGGAGACCUCAUCCAGUCCUGAAGACCGAAGUGACAGAUAUAGAAGCGACAACCAAAGAGGGCCCCAGGCGUCUGCAACUGCCACUCAUCGUAUGAUUUUAACUCUCCCCCUCUGCAAAAAGAAAGCAACUUUAUUUGACAGCCAGGCUCCAAUCUGUCCCAUCUGCCAAGUCCUCCUUCGCCCUGGGGAGUUGCAAGAGCACAUGGAACAGGAGCUGGAGAAGCUCACCCAGCUGAACAUCAGCAAGAGCUCCAUCCUGAAGGAUGCCAUGGCAGCAGGCACCCCCAAGUCAAUUUUGUUGUCGGCCUCAAUCAAGCGGGAAGGAGAUUCUCCGACGGCAUCGCCCCAUUCCUCCGAUGACAUCCAUCACUCCGACAGAUACCAGACCUUCUUGCGGGUGCGAGCGAACCGGCAGACCCGGCUGAACGCUCGGAUUGGAAAAAUGAAACGGAGGAAGCAAGACGAAGGGCAGGUAUGUCCCCUCUGCAGCCGACCUCUGUCAGGAUCCGAGGAGGAGAUGAGUAGGCAUGUGGAACAAUGCCUUGCAAAGAGAGAAGGUUCAUGCAUGACUGAGGAUGAUUCCGUGGACAUCGAGAAUGAGAAUGGCAACCGCUUUGAAGAGUAUGAGUGGUGCGGGCAGAAGAGGAUACGAGCUACUACCCUCCUGGAGGGAGGAUUUCGAGGCUCUGGGUUCAUCAUGUGCAGUGGCAAGGAGAAUCCAGACAGCGACGCUGACCUGGAUGUGGAUGGUGAUGACACACUUGAAUACGGGAAACCACAGUACACAGAGGCAGACGUUAUCCCUUGCACUGGGGAAGAGCCAGGUGAAGCCAAAGAGAGGGAGGCGCUUCGAGGUGCUGUGUUAAAUGGUGGCACACCCAGUACUCGAAUAACACCGGAGUUUUCUAAAUGGGCCAGUGACGAAAUGCCCUCAACGAGUAAUGGUGAAAGCAGUAAACAGGAGACUAUGCAGAAGACCUGUAAGAACAGUGACAUUGAAAAAAUUACAGAAGACUCUGCAGUGACAACAUUUGAAGCGUUAAAGGCUCGUGUCCGUGAGUUAGAGAGGCAGCUUUCCCGUGGGGACCGCUAUAAAUGUCUCAUUUGCAUGGACUCCUACACAAUGCCCCUGACUUCCAUUCAGUGCUGGCAUGUGCACUGUGAAGAAUGCUGGCUGCGGACUCUGGGUGCCAAGAAGCUCUGUCCCCAGUGUAACACCAUCACAUCUCCCGGAGACCUUCGGCGCAUCUACUUAUGAAGGACCCAGCAGGAGGGCAGGAUGCAGCUACUUGGCUCAGCUCAUCACACCCAGGGGGAGAAGAACGACAGCAACAGCAACAAAAAAAAAAAGACGUUUUAAAAUGUAAAGAGAAAACAAACCAGAGACUCCAGACAUGGACUUGAGGAUACAGGAGCAGCGGGGAGCCUCGACUCCCAGGUCCCGCAUGUUGAGACCUCCUUCAGCAUCUGCAGCGGGCAAAACCAAACCCUUUGUUGUGACACCCCCUUUUUUAAAACCAGUAUUCCCCACCCACCCAUUCCCUGGAGCU